GCUUGCUUGUAGUCAUCAGCAGGCGUUACGGUCGGUGAGUCUGCCCGAGUUGCCGACGACGAAGCGUUGAUCGACGCUCUCUUUAUGGUUGCGAGGGACUUCAUGUUCUUUAGCUUCCGCCUCAUAUAUUUGUCCCCGUGAUUUGGUCGCUGUCGGUCUCUCGCUUGACAUCAAAGAUGCUCGCUAUCUUGAGUUGACUUCGGAUCGGUCAGACCAAACGUUCGUAGUCGGCAGCAUGAAGGUAGAUGACACCGAGCGGCUAGAGGUGAUGGCGUCACAGCAACACCUACGCCUCUUCUCUAUAUACAUCACCUUCGUCUCCUCCCCGUAGCUGCCACCGACGCAGCCCAAACGAACAAAGAGCGUAAGACUGUGGUCGCUUACGGACGGUGACGAUGGGCUCCCCCCGCACGAGCGGCAGCGGCUCGCGGAUGCUGUUCCUCAAGGCGGCGCUCGCCUCUGCCGCGGUGGUGGUAACGACGGCCGUGAUGCUCCACGCGGGUCCACCCAUCCGACGGCUCCUCGCCACCGAGGUCCCCCGGGCGUACGCCUCGCUCGUGGCCUGGCUCACACCGCCCUACCUCUACUUCGUCCUCAACGCCAUAAUCCUCUCCAUCGCCGCUGCCUCCUGCUUCCACAAACCGUCCGCCGACUCUACCGAUCGGGUACCUGUUUCUCCGGCAGAGAUGGUGGUUCACCCACCGGACUACAUGCUUCCGGUUGAGUACCAGGAGGAACAUUCGUGGGACGCCCCCUCGACGCGGCUGGUCGCCGCCGCGUCGGAGGAGUACUAUGGCGGUGGUGAGCAGGAGGCGAUGGUGUUGGGCCAGGAGGAGACGGUGGUGAAGGCGGAGGCAGCGGGAGAAGAAGAAGAAGUGGAGCAGGAGCUCGUUUCAUCGAGGUCGAGCUGGACUCCAGACCGCAUGGCGUCGCCGGAGUUUCCGACGGAGAAACCGCUAGUUUCCGUGAGGUUAGGUCACCGCAGGAACCACAAGUCCACCCCCGACGGUAAGGCGCUGCGGAGAGUGGCGAGGCCGAGGCGGGAGGAGACGCUGGAGAGCACGUGGCGGGCGAUAACGGAGGGCCGGGCAGUGCCGCUGGUGCGCCACCUCAAGAAGUCCAACAUGUGGGACACACGCGCCGCCCUCGAAGAUGCGGAAGCACCGGAAACGGCGGCAGUGACGCGGAAGUCGGAGACGCUCAGCGACCGCGAGACUGCAACGCCGCAUUCCGGUGGAGGCGGCGGGGAGUCAUCAUCGUCAUCGACGUCGACAACGUCGGGCGUGGGACGGGGGACGCUGCGGAGGGAGCCGUCGCUGGGGCAAGAGGAGCUGAACCGGCGGGUGGAGGCGUUCAUAAGAAAGUUCAACGAGGAGAUGAGGUUGCAGCGGCAGCGGUCGCUGCAGCAGUUCGCGGAGAUGAUCGACCGUGGGAGUCACUGAUCUACCAAUAAAAGUAGAACACAUAAGAGACGAGGGAAAGCGGUUUCAGGGUAGGAUGAAAGAGAUGGAAGAAUGACUACUUGUUUGUGAUGGGGAUAUAAACAGGUAUAACCUUUGUAUAGGAACAAAUACUAGAAGAUCAAAAUACGCAGUGGAAUAAAAUGGAAACACAAUCAAACAGAACACCAAGAUAUACGUGGAAAACCCCUUCAAUGUGAAGGGUAAAAACCACGGGGCAAACUAGAGAUAAUCCACUAUGAGAAUAAUGAAUAUACAAAUCUCAAUCUCUUGCCCAAAACUCAAGCAACAACCACAAGAGAAUAACUGGGAUACAAGGAUCACGUUACUGCCCACAAUAUCUAAAACCUCUCAAGUAAUCACAGCAAGAGCCUACUGUAGAUUUGAUCUAACCUGAGAUGAGAACACUGCUAGAUGAUUGUGAACAGUCUCUCUGCGUUGUCCUUGUCUUCUUCCCUUUCUUUCUCUUCCUCUUCUGCCUUGUUCUCCUUCUUCUCUUUGGAAUCUCGUCGCUACCAAGAUCUGCCUCGUUGCUGCCUUUUUAUAGCUUUAAUCUGCCUCUAAAACGCAGCCACCACACCCCCCUAAUCUUAAUUAGGGUUAGGUUAAGAGGGGGUGUGAGCUGUGGGCUGAUAAAGCCCACAUGGGCUGAAUAUGGGCCAUCAGCCCAACAACCUCCCCCUUCAGCCCAUAAGGGAGGCUGUCCCAUGACUCCUCAAUGUGAAGCCAUACCGACCAACUGUCGGCAUAUCUCCUGUCUUUCUUUUGUUAAGGUCUUCGUCAACAUGUCUGCUCCGUUGUCAUCUGUAUGAAUUUUCUGAAGCUGCAACUGCUUCUCUUCAAAUACAUUUCGA